AUGGCGUACCAGUAUGUUGCAUCGGAGCUAACCAAGCAGUUGCUAGAACGGGGGUAUAACGUGAAGGGGACAGUCAGAAGUUUGAAGAGCAGAGAAAAGAUUCAGCAUCUGAUCAAUCUGGGGGACGCCCUACCUGGUCGGCUCACGCUGCACGAGGCAGAUCUCCUGUCAGAGGGAAGCUUCACUGGCAUCGUGCAAGGCGCAGAUUUUGUCUUCCACACUGCGAGCCCCUUCUUCAUCAGGGGCAUUGAAGAUCCUCAGACCGAGCUGGUCGAUCCUGCGGUGAAGGGCACGAGAAAUGUCCUCAAAGCAGCAAUCAAGAGCAAACACACUAUCGUGCUGAUGAACGGUGACUGCUUUGCAGCGAUUGUGAAGGUCAAAAAGGGCCCCAGCAAUGCCUCCUUGUACACAGAAGAGGACUGGAAUGACGAGAGCUCCCUCACAAACAGCCCCUACAUGUACAGCAAGACAGAAGCAGAGAAGGCGGCUUGGGCAUUGGCAAAAGAGGCGGGACUGGAUCUGGUGGUGAUCAACCCCUCUCUGGUGCUGGGCCCUGUGCUCACCAACCGAGCCGACUCCACCUCCAUCCAGUUGAUGAAGGCGAGUGGUGUUUCCCACCUGAAGGCGCAAGUUCAUGUUGGAGAGAGCAAAGAGUUUGUGGAGAAAGUAGCAAGCACGAUGCUGGCGAGGCAGGUUGAUGUGAGGGACGUGGCCAGGGCGCAUGUGCUGGCAGCAGAGGUGCCAGCAGCACAGGGGAGGUACAUUCUAUCGCAUGACUCCACGGUGUCCACAAAGUUCCUAUCAGACAUCCUUUCUGAGCAUUUCCCCCAGUACAGCUUCCCUGCAGGCGAAGACACGCCCUCGCAGAGACUGGUUGACAAUAGCAAGGUGCAAGCAGAGAAGGCAGCUUGGGCGCUGGCUAAAGAAGCAGGCCUGGAUCUAGUGGCCAUCAAUCCCUCUCUGGUCUUGGGCCCAGUGCGAAGCAGCCAAGGGGAUUCCACCUCCAUAAAAAUGAUGAAGGAUUUUGUGGAGGAUACAGACACCACAGGAAUGGCGGCAUUUGGAAGGCAGGUGGAUGUGAGGGACAUUGGCAGGGCGCAUGUGCUGGCAGCAGAGGUGCCGGGAGCACAGGGGAGAUACAUCCUAUCGCACGAGUACAGCGCAUCGACAAAAGACAUUUCAGACGUCCUCUCUGAGCGGUUUCCCCAGUACAAAUUCCCUGCAGGCGAAGACACACCCUCGCAGAAAACGGUCGAUACCAGCAAGGCUCGCAAGGAGCUUGGACUGCAGUUGAGACCGCUGAGGGAGACGUACAUCGACAUGGUCACCACGCUCAUACAGCAAGGGAUUGUCAAUCUAGUGGCCAAGUAG